ACCCAAGCCCCUGAUUUCAUUUAGGAAGUUGGAUAGAGGAACUGAGCUGUUAAAAUCAAAGAAGCAAGACGUAAAAAUUAUAUUUUUACCGAUAAAAAAUGAAGAUCAAAGUAAAGAUACUUAAUGGACAAGAAACAGAACUAGAGGUAUCUGAGACAGAGCCUGUAUUAUCUGUAAAAGCACUUGUAUCUAGAGAGAUGAAUGUAGAAGUUGAUGACCAAAGACUUGUCUAUCGAGGGAAAACCCUCACGGAUAAUUGUUGCUUACAUGAUUACGAGGUUACUGAUGGAGCAAAGCUACACUUGUUUGUCAAGAAGUCAUCUGAAGUUUCUGAAUUAAGAGCAAAAUGUUCCAAGACAGAUUUUUGGUUGAAUUUACGGACAUUAUUAAAAAGCCAUUUCAGCGAUGCAGAUGCUGAAAAAGUACUACAGAAGUCUAGAGAGGAUUUUAAUAGUUGGAUGGCUCAAUUAAGUCUCGAUGACAUUGAAAGAAUGGCUCAAGUACACAUGGAAGAGCAAUCACCAGGGAUAUAAAAUGAUGAACCAUUUAACUUUCUUAUUUAAAAUUAUUAUAAUAAAUUAUAGAAUUAUCCAGUGUCCCUGAAGAUAAUCAGGAAUUAAUGGAAUACUUUUAUAUAGUUAAGGAGACAUUUAUGCUAUAUUGCUUUUAUUAUGCAUUGUGUAGUUCCAGAAAUUAUCCAUACAAACAACAACAACAACAACAAUAAUUUAUUUGGCACUGUAUACUAGAAGUACAUAGGUGUUUUUUCCCCAAAUAAUCAAAAAAGAUAAAAAGAUAUUUUUUCAAUU